AUGGCAAUCAUAUUGGCCUGGCGGGAUCCCAGCGACUUCCAUCUUCAUCCAACCAAGUUAUGCCCGUCAGACCUUCAAGAAGAGACCAAGGGGUGGCUGCAAUUCGAAGAAUGGCGCCCUGCAUCGAACGUUGAGGAUGAAGUACGUCAACGACGCCUUCUGGUAGAGAAAUGGGCAGCAGCCAGCCAGGACUUUCGAGAAGUCAUCCUACCAGCUUCGCACACCAUCGCUAUCUUUAUAUUAGACUACCCAGCUAGUGCGCUUGCACAGGAUCCUCAACCCGACAAGCGGUUCGUGUGUCUCGCUCCAGUAGACCGCCAGACGCAUCCACGCAACUACCUCCGUCUCAUCAAAUUCCUGAUCCCACUCUACCUCCACCAGGACGAGUAA